AUCAUUAAUUCUCGAAAAAAACACGGAAACAUGGACUCGUGUAUGGCCAGAAGUUGUUCGCCGAUGCUACAAUCGUCGCCAAUUUGCUUUUUUACUUUAUUGCUACAAACGUUGGAGACAUCCUAUUAUGGAUUAAGUAAUCCGAAUAUAUAUCCCAGAGAUCGCACACAAGAGAUUUUAAGUUCGAAAAUGGAAUUCGAUUUUGUGAUCGUUGGUGGUGGAAGCGCGGGAUCUGUUUUGGCUCGCAGAUUAACGGAAGUGGAGGAUUGGAAGGUUUUGUUAAUCGAAAGAGGAGGGUAUCCUUUACCCGAAACCGUGAUUCCUGGUUUCUUCACCAAUAAUUUGGGUUUGUCACAGGAUUAUGCUUACAAGGUCGAGAGUCAAGAAAAAGCCUGCUUGAGCCAAGUCGACAAACGAUGCAGAUGGUCGAAAGGUAAAGCCCUUGGUGGAAGUUCCGUUAUCAACGCCAUGUACUACAUCUUUGGUAACAAAAAAGAUUUCGACACUUGGGCAAAUUUAGGAAAUCCCGGAUGGAAUUACGAACAAGUACUUCCAUACUUUAGAAAAUCGUUGAGCUGUUCAUCCGAAUACAUAGCCGAGCAUGGUACCGAGUAUUGCGGAACAGACGGCCCUUUAAGAAUCAGAAAUUACAAUUACACUGCAUCAGACGCGAUAGACAUAAUGUUGGAAGCCGCGCGCGAGACGGGAUACGAUAUUCUCGAACCAUUGAACGGUGAUCGUUUUAUCGGAUUUGGAAGAGCGAUGGGCAACCUCGACAAUGGGCAACGGCAAAAUUGUGCAAAAGCUUUCCUCUCCCCGGUCAAAAACAGAAAGAAUCUGUACGUAAUUACGUCGAGCAGAGCGGACAAGAUUCUGUUCGAGGAUGAACGUGCUGUCGGUGUACGAGUCACUUUGAGCAACAACGAAACGGUGGAAGUGAGAGCGACGAAGGAAGUGAUUCUGUCGGCGGGAAGUAUCGCCAGUCCUCAGAUACUGAUGCUCUCGGGAAUCGGGCCAAAGGAGCAUUUGAAAAAAAUGGGAAUAUCCACUCUCGUCGAUCUGCCUGUCGGGAGGAAUCUUCAAGAUCACGUGUCGUGGUUAACGUUUUACUUAACCUAUGCGAAUGAAUCGAUGACACCUUCUCCCGACGAGAAGAAUCAGAUGGACGCUAUUUACGAGUAUUUGAAACAAAAUAUUGGCCCGUUACACACCCUUCCAAUCGAAUUUACCGGUUUCGUGAACGUGGACGAUCCUCAUUCGAAGUAUCCGAAUGUUCAAUUUAUGUUCAUACCAAUAGAAUAUUUAACCCAGUUAACAUCAUUCCUACAUUCCUUCAACGUGGACAAUGAUCUGAUAGAAAGGAUUGGAAAGGAUAUCAAGGAAAUGAAAAUAAUUUUUGGCUUCCCUAUAUUAUUGAAACCUUUGAGCCGAGGUUUACUCGAGUUGCGUAGCACCGAUCCGGCCGAUCCUGUUAAGAUUUAUCCGAAUUACUUCGUCGAGGAGGAAGAUUUCAAAACGUUGUUGAAAUCCGUGAAUAUCACUAAGGCACUCUUAAACACCAAGGCUCUGAAGAAGUACGGCAUAAAGUUAUAUUAUCCUGACAUUCCCGGAUGUCGACACACGAAGCCAGAUACCGAUGAAUAUUGGGAAUGCAAUCUUAAGCACUUGUCUAGCACGUUGUAUCAUCCUUGUGGAACGGCCAUGAUGGGACCGGCCAACGAUUCCAGAGCCGUUGUGGAUUCGAGAUUGAAANNCUAUGGUAUCGAAAAUUUGCGAGUGAUCGACGCGUCGAUCAUGCCGGAAGUGACGAGCGGGAAUACUAAUGCGCCGACUAUAAUGAUCGGAGAGAAGGGAGCGGAUAUAAUUAAAGAGGAUUGGGGCAUAAUGAUAUAAAGAUGAGAAAUUGAGAUAUCAUAGAGAU